UUUCGCGCUCUUUUGGGAACGCUGGGAGACGUUCGUGGUCUGUUCCUGUUCGGCCUGUCUCGUCAGUUACUGUUGGUCCCAAUCGUGGGAAAAAAAGGGAAUAGCUCUGAGAGGACAGCGCGUGAGCCACAGUGAGCCACGAGACAGUCAAAACGAGUGCUAUAUAACGCAACAGCGGCAAUUAUUACGCGAUCGAGCGUUAUACAUGAUACUGCACAUUGACGUAUGUACCUACGUGCAUUGCAGUGAGUGAUUCGUCGAGACGGAAUGCAGUUGUCGGAAUAAGUCGUGGGAACACUUAUCGCAGCGAAACGAGGCAUUGAAAAGCGGUCGGGAGCCUACGCGACGACGCGGUACGCAUUUCGCGAUAACGUACGACACGAGCCGCGUGCCGGCACACAUUCAUCUACGCGAGCACGGGAAUUGGUUAUUGAAAAAAUGGCGGCCGAGGCAAUGCUAAAUAAGAACCGAAUGAUGGUGUUUAAGAACAAAGGCAAGGAUCAGGAGGAAAUGAGAAGAAGACGUAAUGAAGUGACUGUAGAAUUACGUAAAAAUAAGCGAGAAGAAACUUUACAAAAAAGAAGGAAUGUACCUAUCACGGAUUCAACAGAUGAGGAUGACAUUGAUAAACAGCUUUCAAAAAUUAAUUUGGAAGAAUUGGUAGCAAAGGCAGGUAGCCUAGAUCCAACAGUACAAUUACAAGCUGUACAAUCAGCAAGAAAAUUAUUAUCAUCAGAUCGUAAUCCACCUAUUGAUCCGUUGAUAGAAAGUGGUAUUUUACCAAUUUUAGUUCGUUGUCUUGAGCAACAUAACAAUCCAUCGUUGCAAUUUGAAGCAGCCUGGGCUUUAACAAAUAUUGCAAGUGGAACAUCCGCCCAGACGCAAGCUGUAGUUACUGCUGGUGCAGUGCCACUAUUUUUGCAUUUGUUGCUUUCAAGUCAACAAAACGUGUGUGAACAAGCAGUAUGGGCCUUAGGUAACAUUAUUGGAGAUGGUCCAGUACCUAGAGAUUAUGUUAUUAAUCUUGGUGUUGUAAAGCCAUUGCUAACAUUUAUUAAACCAGAUAUACCAAUUACAUUUCUACGUAAUGUAACUUGGGUUAUUGUAAACUUAUGUAGAAAUAAAGAUCCACCACCGCCAGUUCAAACCAUAAAGGAGAUUUUGCCUGCUCUAAAUAUGCUUAUUCAUCAUAACGAUGUUAAUAUUCUUGUUGACACUGUAUGGGCCUUGAGUUAUUUAACUGAUGGUGGUAAUCAACAAAUUCAAAUGGUUAUAGACAGUGGUGUUGUACCUCGUUUAAUACCACUUCUUUCGCACAAAGAAGUCAAAGUUCAAACUGCUGCUCUCAGAGCAGUUGGUAACAUUGUGACUGGUACGGAUGAGCAAACACAAACUGUUUUAAAUUGUGACGCACUUUCGCAUUUCCCAAAUUUGUUGACUCAUCCAAAAGAAAAAAUUUGUAAAGAAGCAGUCUGGUUUCUUUCCAACAUUACUGCCGGUAAUCAGUCCCAAGUUCAAGCAGUUAUAGAUGCAGGACUUUUACCACUUAUUAUUCGUAAUUUAGCUAAGGGUGAAUUUCAAACACAAAAGGAGGCAGCUUGGGCUAUUAGUAAUCUUACGAUAAGCGGCAAUAGAGAACAAGUCGCUAAACUUAUACAAGAAGGAGUAAUAGCUCCAUUUUGUGAUCUUUUGUCUUGUAAAGAUACCCAAGUUGUACAGGUGGUAUUGGAUGGUAUUCAUAACAUGCUAAAACUUGCUGGAUCACAAGUUGAACAUUUGGCAAACAUGAUCGAAGAAUGUUCUGGUUUGGAUAAGAUCGAGGCAUUACAAAACCAUGAAAAUGUAGAUAUUUACAAAUUAGCAUAUGACAUCAUCGAGCAAUACUUUUCAGAAGAGGCGGAUGAUGCACCGCUGACAGCGCACGAAGGGGCUUUUGAGUUUGAUCAGACGACAAGUAUUCCCAGUGAAGGUUUUAAAUUCUGAGAGGGUCUCUAUUUCUUAUCCGAUCGUGCCGUCCCCCGACAAACUCCAACGCGGAGCCAUCUUACUUUCUCUUUCCUAUUUCUACAUCUCCUUCCUAUUCCAAUGAGAGCAUAGCAAUAUGAACUUACUGCUGCUGAAUCAAGAAUUAUCGCAUUUGUUUUUACAAACAUACAGUGUGAUCUUAUCGAUUUUCCGUAUUCGGAAAGCUAGAAUGAAACAAGGAAAGAGUUAGUUGUGGAAUGAAGGAGUUGACAACCACCAAAUUAAGCAUCUGUGGACUUUGAUUUUUUUCUUUCCCUUAUCAUGUAUGUUACCUUUCUUCUUUUAUAAUAUAUGAUAAUGCGUAUUAGCAGUCUUUAGCUGAGCGCAGCUAGCUACAAUAACAUAUACGAAUAAAUUAUUCUAGAAGUCGAAUAACUUCACAAUAAGAUAUUAAGUUAAAAAAAAAAAGAUCUUUCUAUCGUGCUUGAUCAUGCUGCUCUCCGCUCUAACUCAGGACGAGUCUUGGUUAGCGAUAUUACUUUUAUAAAAUAAUUCGUGUAUAUUUUAGGCAUGUUAAAUUUAUAAUAUUGAUUACUAAAUAAAUGAAUCAAUUGACUACUCUUUGCUAGCAUAA